GUGUGUGUGUGCGUGUGUGUGUUGUCCAUCAAAUGUUUUGCAUAAGAUUAAAGAAAACAAUUAAGAGAAUCUGUUCGAGCGAAUUGGCUUAGCUUAUUGUGCGAAUGUAAGCGUUGGCGUCGACGUCGCUGCCGCUGUCGACUUCGCAGUCGCAGUCGCGCUUCACGCUUGACGCUGAGCGAGUUGGCCAAGUCGCCAUCCGAGUGUGCUCAGUUAAUUGGAGCCAUUGGAGUGGCUUAGAACUCGUGCAGGCCGUGCGAAUUUACAGAGGCGAUGCCGACGUCAACUGCGACUGCGACGGCGACGGCGACUGCGACGCCGAAUGCAGGGAAGAGCCGCUGGCCGCUCUGUAAUAAGCGGGCCAAGAGAGAAGAAUUUGUAUAAAUACCAAAAGGUUCUGCGUAUUUCUUCAUUAGAGUUUCGGUUUAACUGGUGUGAACAAGCAAACUCAAGCAGUCAAGAUGAAACUUUUCCUGGUUGCUUUCGCGGUGAUCGCAGCUGUCGCUGCUGAUGUCAGCCAUCUGCCCACCAACGAGUACCUGCCGCCCGUGCAGCAGGAUUUCCAGACCGUCGCUGCUCCCAGCAACGAGUACCUGGCUCCAGUUGCCAAUGAGGCCAGCUACGCCCAGGUUGGCCAGGGCGAUCUUGCCGCCGAUGGAUACCGCUACAAGACCCAGCGUCGCGUUGUGGUCCGCCGCAACCGUCGUGAUGUGAACGAGCUGCCAUCCAACGACUACCUGCCCCCUGUGCAGGAGGAGGCCCAGGUCAUCGCCGCUCCCAGCAACGAGUACCUGGCUCCAGUUGCCAAUGAGGCCAGCUACGCCCAGGUCGGCCAGGGCAGCCUUGCUGAUGAUGGAUACCGCUACAAGACCCACCGUCGCGUCGUCUACCGUCGCAACCGUCGUGAUGUGAGCCAUCUGCCUUCCAACGAGUACCUGCCCCCUGUCCAGGUCUCUGCCCCAGCUCCAUCCAACGAGUACCUGCCACCCGUCCAGGCUGCUGCCCCAGCUCCCAUCCAGUUUGCUGCCCCAGCUCCCGCUCCAGUCCAGUUUGCUGCCCCAGCUCCCGCUCCAGUCCAGUAUGCUGCCCCAGCUCCCAUUGCCAUAUCCGCUCCAAUUAAGGAGGCUGCUCCCGCUCAUGAGCUGGCCGAUGAUGGAUACCGCUACAAGACCCACCGUCGCGUUGUCUACCGUCGCCAUCGUCGUGAUGUCAGCCAUCUGCCCACCAGCGAGUACUUGCCCCCUGUGCAGCAGGAUGCCCAGAUCGUCGCCGGUCCCACCAGCGAAUACCUGCCCCCCGUCUCCAACGGCGUUGAUGAAUACUCCGGUGUUCAGCAGGGCGGUCUUGCCGAUGAUGGUUACCGCUACAGGACCCACCGUCGUGUGGUCCUCCGUCGCCACCGUCGUGAUGUGAACGAGCUGCCCUCCAACGAGUACCUGCCCCCCGUGCAGCAGGAAGCCCAAGUCAUUGCCGCUCCCAGCAACGAAUACUUGGCUCCAGUUGCCAAUGAGGCCAGCUACGCCCAGGUCGGCCAGGGCAACCUUGCCGAUGAUGGCUACCGUUACAAGACCCACCGUCGUGUGGUCCUCCGUCGCCACCGUCGUGAUGUGAACGAGCUGCCUUCCAACGAGUACCUGCCCCCCGUGCAGCAGGAUUUCCAGACCGUCGCUGCUCCCAGCAACGAGUACUUGGCUCCAGUUGCCAAUGAGGCUAGCUACGCCCAGGUCGGCCAGGGCAGCCUUGCCGAUGAUGGCUACCGUUACAAGACCCACCGUCGCGUUGUUCUCCGUCGUCACCGUCGUGAUGUGAACGAGCUGCCCUCCAACGAAUACCUGCCCCCCGUGCAGCAGGAGGCUCAAGUCAUCGCCGCUCCCAGCAACGAAUACUUGGCUCCAGUUGCCAAUGAGGCCAGCUACGCCCAGGUCGGCCAGGGCAGCCUUGCUGAUGAUGGAUACCGCUACAAGACCCAGCGUCGUGUCGUCUUCCGUCGUCGUCAUUAAACCCUCAUCUGAAAUGAUUCACUAAGUGAUCAACUUGUACUCAUUUUGGAGUGCAAGUUUAAUAUACAUAAGAAUAUUUCCUCUUUUCGUUCACGAAAU